AUGGAUCAAACUGCGAGGUCGGCGCUUUUGUCGAUGCUAUCUGCUUCGGCGCUCGUUUCAGCACAGUCGAGUUGCGUCUCGCUCCAAGGGUCAACCACCUGCCCUGCUUUCCAGUCGGCCUCCAUUUCGACAACAGGCUUCGUUGCGGGAAUCUUCCCCUUUUUGCAGUUUGUCUCCAACAGUGAGACAUUCGAUAAGCAGAUGUUGUCCUAUAUCGACACAACAUACGUGCGGGAGAAAUAUCAGACAUUACUUGGUUGCAGCAGCGUUAACCUUACCAACCCGGACGAGUUGUAUGCCCGGUUCACCACCACGGUCAUUUGCAAUGCCAUCGUUCAAAACUCGAUAGAUGCAUGCAACCUGACUGCAUCCAACUCGCGACCAGUCUGCGCAGACACAUGUGCCGAAUAUGCACAGGGCGAGGCAUUGCUCACUUCGGACAGCAGCCUCUGUGGUACUCCAGGCAACAAUUACAUGAGCCAGAUCCGAGCGGACUUCACAAACUGUGCCCUCCCCGCCGACUCCCUCUCAUCGUCAAACUGCAUUCAAGGCAUCUCCAAUGAACCUGACAACUGCGGCUUCGGCAACAGCACUGUCGGACUCUGCUCCUACUGCUCAUCUGGCGGUAUUAACUCCACCGACACAUGCUGUUACAACUCCGACAUUGACCGGCGAUGCGCCGGUGUCACGCUGCCUUCCAUCUUCCCGACGGUAACAUUCUCCCCUCCGACAGCGACCGCGACACCCUCGAGCACGGCAGCCGCGGCGGGAGGUCUCUCUGGCGGUGCUAUUGCCGGUAUCGUGAUUGGUAGCGUUGCUGGCGCUCUGCUGCUCGCCGGACUGAUAUUUGCGUGCAUUCUGCUUGCAAGGAGGAGAAGGCGCGGAAGCCAGAGCGGCAGCAUUUUCAACCAACCCUCACCGUCUAGACAAGGGCCGGCUACGGUUAAGAUACCGCCGAGCCAAGCUACGGCUGGGUACGAAGUCUUGCCCGGAGGUCGCAUCGCUCGUAUGUCGGCUUUGGAGAGCGCCUCGGAUCCAGCCCUAGCCCCCCCCACUCGCAGCAGUGGUCCUACGGCAACCACCGCCGUUGGAGGAGCAGCAGCCGGUUACAUGGCAGGCAGGAGAAGAGGCGAUGACCAGUCCUCGUCCGAGUUUGGAGACAGUCCCCAGUCGGACAUCAGAGCUGGCGUGCUACGACCUCCUCCAACUAAUAUCAGGAGGACCGGCUCCUUAUCAAGCAACUCGGUUCUCGGAGAUCCUCAGUCACCGACGAGCGCUGGAAUGUCGUCCCCACAAGGCAUGACUAGUCAGCAGUCGGAGCAGCUGCCCUUCUUCAAGGACUACUACUCCCAAGACGAUAUUCACCCGGGUGAUAGGGUCGCCACUCUUUGGGCCUACCAGCCACGCGCACCAGAUGAGUUUGCUCUCGAACGAGGCGACAUGCUCAAGGUGGUCGGCAUUUGGGAUGACGGUUGGGCGACGGGCAUUUUACUAGACGAGCAUGCGAACGAAUGGGAAGCUCGACGUCAGGCCCUACGAGACAGUGGCGUAUCCAACACGUCUGGCCGACAAGACCCCUCACCGCCUGUCAGCGGCGAGAUCAAAGCCUUCCCCCUUGUCUGUGUGUGUCUGCCACAACAUUGGAGGAAGACAAUUGAGGGCGACGUCUCGACCGAAGGCUCCAGUGCCCAUCAAGGUCACCCAUCGUUUUCGUGA